AUGGCGAGGACACGGUCAACAAAAGGCACCGACAAGGGGGCCAAAAGCUCAGGCAAAGACACAACAACCUCAGCAGCAUCAUCAAAGUACUCCCUACCAGCAGAGUCUGAGAACCCGUGUAGGGUACUCAUCUUACCAGAGAAGGCGAGCCCGGAUGCAAGAGUUGUGUCACUCACACACCCUCGAUACUCAAAACCAACACGGUACCUUGUAUGUCCACAGACCGGCGCAUAUGAGUUCGUCAAGAUCUCAGAACCAAAGACGACACCCCGAAGCUGGCUCAUCGAGGGGAGUAAUGAACGGACAUCCGCGUCAGAAGAUGCCGCCGAGGAGGAGGACGAGCAGGCAUUUCAGACACAGACAGCCAAAGAUGCAGACCUCUUCAUAGCCACACCGAUCGACCCAUUGUUCCUCGCCCUCCCCGCCCUAGUGAAGCAGCUGUCCUCGCCAAAGCGCAUGUUCCUGUCCAGCGACGACCACCUCGACAGCAUAGCAGAGGACGCGCCACACCUGCGCGAGACCCUGAGGUGGGCACAAUGGCGCGAGCUGCUCGAGUCCCGCAUGGCAACGGGCUGCGACACGGUCGAGGCCGGAGACGAGGCCAUGUUCCGGCUGAGCGAGGAAAAGCUGCUGGCCGAGCUGCUGGCCAAGGCCCGUCGGAUGAGCGAUGGCGGCCUGCCGGCGAGCAUGGAGGACAAGUUCGUGACCAAGGCGCUGGAGGCCCCCGUGCUCGGGCGCAAGGCCCCCGCCGUGACGCUGCGGUUGCAGACGCUCGAGUCUUCCGAGACCAACGGCGCGGACUCGGGGUCGGACACGCAGGUGGAGUCUCAGGCGUCCGCUGCAACAUCUGCGACGUCCGCGUCCGAGGCUUCGACUGCCGCGACUUCUGUGGCAGAUGACGCCGCCUCGGCCAUCCAAGCCUCGCCUGAGGUGGUCAGGCUCCAGCGCCUGCGGGUCGGCUUCAACUUCAUCUGCUCGAGCUACGUGCCGCCGGCCUUGGCGGCCGUGCUCAAGAAGAUGCUGGCUGAGGGCAAGGGCAAGGGCGUGGACUUCAAACUACUCGAUGACUACGUGGGGGAGCUCACGAAGCUGCGGCAGGAGGCAAUGAUGGCCCGGUCAGCGUCGGACUACAGCCGGAAGAGGACAAUGGACGAGGAGGACGAGGAUCGCAGGGAGAAGAGGCGCAAGAAGGAGGAAGAGGAGAAGAGGAAGAAGGCUGGGGAAAGCAGGGGCGUAAGGGACCUCAAGAAGGUUAACACAUCGGGGAUGAAGAAGAUGAGCGACUUCUUCGCAAAGAAACCCAAGGCUUGA